GUAACAACUACACACGACGAGGGCAACCCGUCCAAAAUUGGCCAUGGAACACCAGAGAUGCUAUAUUUACUCACCUCCUGAGGCCGAUGAACGAGCAGCAAAGCGCCGGAGAAUCACUCAGCUCAACAGCCCCUUAGUCCAUUUCCCAGAACGCCUUCAAGGGUAUCGAGAUAUAUGGUCUCAACAAGAAGAGCGGAUUCAGAAUACGCUAGAGGAAGGCGACAGAUCAACGCUACAAAACAUUGCAAACUUUGUGUCUGCUGCUGCUGAGCCUGAUUGUGUGGAAUAUUUGGCUAUACCCACCGGCCUUAUAAUCGCAGGUCCAAGCAUUGCUUCUCAUGGACCCUUUUUUGAUCGGCUGGGUCGAAAGAUAAAAGAGGAUGCGAAUAAUGCCUAUUUGCUUUUGACUUCAGGAGAGGGCCCCAAUUUGAAGACACUUUUGAAGAAUCUCAUCAAGAAAGUGGCUUCCCGUAUCGAUGAAGACGAUGAGGAGAAUCUUGGGCGCCCUGGAACAUCCUCAAGAAAUCAUCCACGACUUCUAGACUUUGAUCUUGGCCAUCUGCUAGGAUGGCAGUUGAAACACCAAGCACAGAAAAUUGUUGUUGCCAUACAAGACAGUGAAGCAUUCGACGCUGGUGUGCUAGUCGAAAUGAUCGAUUUGUUUCACUCUUGGUUGGACCGUCUCCCCUUCGUCCUUCUCUUUGGUAUUGCAACCUCUGCCGAGAGCUUCGAGGAUCGACUAUCAGGAAAGGCCCUACGCCAUUUAGAAGGACGAAAGUUCGAUGUUACUCAGUCGGACGAAAUUAUCGAGAAAUUGUUCAGCACAACGGUCGCCAGUACCAAUGUUCCCUUGCGAAUCGGGCCUAACCUUAGCCGACGCAUCCUCGAACGGCAAAGAGACCAUGUGCAAAAUCUGCAAGAUUUCUCAGAUGGGCUCAAGUAUGCUUACAUGUCGCAUUUCUAUGCCAAUUGCCUCAGUAUAUUCCUUAUCGAAACCCUCUCGUUUAAGGAUCUUGCCUCGGACGUCUUUGAAGCAACGCGCAAUCUUCACUCUUUCCGCAGAUGGGUAGAGGACAUGCUUGAAAGUGGACGUGGGCAUGAAGUUCGCAAGCUUCUUGGCUCUGACCAAUAUCUGUUUGAGAACAUCGUAGAACACGUACGUUCUGGUCGGGAAGUUUUAUCUGCACUCAGCGGUGCGGCGACUGUACUCGCGCAUGUACGAGAAGCGCUUCAGAUGUCACCACACGUACCACUAUCAUCGAUCUGGAUCCGAGCUGCAUCUGGAGAAAUGAUCGGAUCACCUAUCCUCCGAGAGACUAUGCUAGCAAUCAAGAAGGCAUCAUCGGACAAGCUUAUGCAACUGUUUGCAUCCUUUGAGAAAGUUGAUGAAACAUACCUCUUGUUCGAUCCGGGUAAAUACCAACGGGACCUCGAGGAAUUAGUCAAUGCGAACCCUAAUUCGGCACCUCUUCGCAGCCAGCAUGAUGUCCGCAAUGACAGCCUUCGGACGACGGUGGUCGCACAGAAAGUACUGCUGAGCAAGCACAAAGCCGCUCUGUCUGAACAGGACAAGGCUUACUCUGAUUUAGUGGGACGAUUCCAUGACGAGAUCAAUGAGUACUUUAGCGCUACUUUCAUUGACCCGCGGGCUUUGUUCCUCUCUGAGAUUCUCAUGUUCGACCUGAGGUCACCACACACAGAGGUCUUUCAGCCAAAACCCCGAUUUGCGAUUGAGCGCUCGUUAGCUUCCCCUCAUGAUUAUCUGGGUUGCGAUUGUUGUAGCCCUGGCGGGGUUCGAGAUAGAGAAGCCCCAUUAUCUUCUUCGCAACCCGCGACAGCUAUCCUAUAUCAAUUGUAUCUGGAGUCGGGCGCUCUCAUUAAUGUCAGUGACCUGUGGUCGGCUUUCAAUGCAAUAGCUGGAGACGAGAAUGAGGACGAGGAAUCUAAGACUAUGGCCCUAUUUCAGUGUGCUUUGGCUGAGCUCAAAUAUCUCGGUCUCCUGAAGCCCAGCAGGAAGAAGAAUGACCACGUAGCAAAGAUGAUGUGGAAGGGGUUGUAGGGCAGCUCCGAUUCAUUGGUUUAGGCG